AUGAGGGCACAGUGGAGGACAACUUACAGCGACAAAGGAGAGAAGCCUGAAAGCGGCCGAUUCCUCCACUUUCACUCCGUAACCUUCUGGGUUGGCAAUGCCAAGCAGGCUGCGUCAUAUUACUGCAGUAAGCUGGGCUUUGAGCCCCUAGCCUACAAGGGCCUGGAGACCGGUUCCCGGGAAGUGGUGAGCCACGUGGUCAAGCAAGGGCAGAUUGUGUUCAUCUUCUCCUCUGCCCUCAAUCCCUGGAACAAAGAGAUGGGCGAUCACCUGGUGAAACACGGCGAUGGAGUGAAGGACAUUGCGUUCGAGGUGGAGGAUUGUGACUACAUUGUGCAGAAAGCCCGGGAACGAGGCGCCAAGAUCGUGCGGGAGCCCUGGGUAGAGCAAGAUAAGUUUGGGAAGGUGAAGUUUGCUGUGCUACAGACGUAUGGGGACACGACACACACCCUGGUGGAGAAGAUGAACUAUACUGGCCGGUUCCUGCCUGGAUUCGAGGCACCAGCAUUCAUGGACCCCCAACUUUCCAAGCUGCCCAACUGCAGUCUUGAGAUAAUCGAUCACAUUGUGGGAAACCAGCCUGAUCAAGAGAUGGUGUCUGCCUCUGAAUGGUACCUGAAGAACUUGCAGUUCCACCGUUUCUGGUCCGUGGAUGACACGCAGGUGCACACGGAGUACAGCUCUCUGAGGUCCAUUGUGGUGGCCAAUUAUGAGGAAUCCAUCAAGAUGCCCAUUAAUGAGCCAGCACCGGGCAAGAAGAAGUCCCAGAUCCAGGAAUAUGUGGACUAUAAUGGGGGUCCUGGGGUCCAGCACAUUGCUCUCAAGACCAAAGACAUCAUCACAGCGAUUCGCCACUUGAGAGAGAGAGGCGUGGAAUUUUUGGCCGUUCCAUCUACCUACUACAAACAACUGCGGGAGAAGCUCAAAUCGGCCAAGAUCCGGGUGAAGGAGAAUAUUGAUAUCCUGGAGGAGCUGAAGAUCCUGGUGGACUACGACGAGAAAGGCUACCUCCUGCAGAUUUUCACCAAACCCAUGCAGGACAGGCCCACGCUCUUCCUGGAAGUCAUUCAGCGCCACAAUCACCAGGGUUUUGGAGCCGGUAACUUCAAUGCACUGUUCAAGGCCUUCGAGGAGGAGCAGGACCUGCGAGGCAACCUCACCGACAUGGAGCCCAACGGCGUUGUGUCUGGCAUGUAG